AUGACGCUCAUUAGACGCAUGCUGGCCCUCUCCUCCGGCGUGGCAGCUGGCGUGAGCACCGCCCCAUACCUUUGCGUUCCUGACAGGACACCCGUUGCCCCACGGCCCUGUUUGCAAACCUGUGACACACGUUGCUCGGCGUCCGGCUGCCACGGUGGCAGCAGUAGCGGCAACCCAGCCGAGAAGAACGGUAUCGACGCUGCUAGCGGGCCGGCGCGAGUGGCUUGCGUGACGGAAAGUCUUCUGGCUCUCUACGGAGGUGUAUGUGAUCUGUUGAACAUGGCAACACGAGCGCUGGUAGAAGCGACGGCGAACGCAGCAGCCACAGGUGUACAUCGGGCAACCAGCGCCACCACAGCGGAGCACACGCACAACUCGCCGGUUUGUAGCAACGACACCGCCGCCCAGUGUGCCGAUUGUCAUCUUCGUGGUGCCACCGAGGAGGAAAGACACUUGGUCAAGCCUGCCACUAACACGGAAGUACCGUCUUCGGCGUCCACGCAGUCGAACAUCAACAAGAGAGCCGAAACAUUUCGCGCGGCACCGCACAAGCUGAAGGAUCGAUUCCUGCACUACGCUAUGCGUGACCCAGCAACAGGCGAGCUAGUCCUUAGCCUUGAGGGAUUUGUUCGCUGCAUGCUCUUGUUGCCGGACGACGGUGGCGCUGAUGUGUUAUGGCGUCAUGCGGGCUCUGGAGCCACAAGCAAAAGCGGCGCGGCAAUGCAGCAGAACCCCUCGAGAGCUUUUCCUGGAACGGCUGGCACUACGGUCGACUCUUUAUUCGAAAAGGCUAUCAGCAGCCGAGGACAGUCGCGGCGCCGUUAUUCCUGGCUGCUGCAGCUACCUCCACCUGUGCUGCAGCGCUUCAUUCAGCUCUUCCACUGGAUCGAUCUCGACGGAAGCAACUUGAUCGGAUACGCUGAAUUUGUGGUGCUCUUCACCUUUCUGUCCACCCCACAGCAAACACUCGAGCGCGCCUUCAGAGUAUUCGACUUGGGCGAUAACGGCCGCCUGAACGAGUGGGAGUUCUGCCACCUGUUAAACACAAUCAUGGUGGAUCCGGCGGUGCAGGUCCGCUACGCUGCUGCAGUGAGCGGCGCUGGUAACAUUGGAGAGGACGACGCAGCGGCCUCGCCCUCCUCAGCAUGCACUUCGGCAACACCUCAUGCCACCACCACCACCACCACAGCAACGACUCCGUACUCGACCCCUCGUCCGUCAUUUACCCCCGAGGCAGCCAGGUUGGCAGCAGUGGCGGCGGUCGCCUCCGUCGCUUCAGCGUCCCGCCCGUGCACAGCGGGACACACAGGCGCCUUGCGGCGCAACGCGCAGGAACGGCACCGUCACAAGGAUUCCCUGUCGUAUGAACUCUCAUCAGAGCUAAUGCGUCCAUUCCUCUUCGGGCCUUUGCCACUGCACAUCGGCGCCCCGCCUGGAUCAACUCAUUAUGACCGCAAAGCCGCUCUCACCGCUGGUGCGGUGACGUCCUCGACGAGCGCAGUCUCGGCGCUGCCGGUCAUCAGCGACUCAGCGUGGUGGCGACAGUGGGGUCAAACGCUGCACAGCCUUCUCAGCAAAGUGUGGACACCCUACUCGUCCUGUGCACCAGCCAGCUGCGGCGCAGAGUACAGUACCCUCCCUCUCGCCUCCGUCACCGCGUCAGCCUCCACCGCUGCCGCUGCGGCUCCAUCACGUCUAUCUCACCUACAGAUGGUGGCACAGGAGGAUUCGCUGCUACAUGCGGUCUCGUACUCCACUUUCCUGUACCGGGUGAACUACUUGCGCUGGGAGCUGCGCGCCAUCGAGUUCAGCCUGUGCGACCCCGCCAACACAGGCGCCAUUUCGCUGGACGAUUGCCGUCGCCUCCUCUGUGGGGAUGGCCGAGGAGCUGCGGCAAAGGUGCAUCCCACGCUGCGACAACUACAGCAGUCUGGCAAGACAGCCGUAACGUGGCCAUCUUAUCAGAAAAUUCUCGACGUAGUGAGGGAGUCCGAUAAGAUUUUGGUGGCCCUGCAGCUCACCUUAGAUGCGAUGCCGCCGGUGCCCGAGGAGAUGCUGCGAGGCGGUGCCAUUCCUGACGAAGUGUUGGGGGCAGCCACGCAGGCAAUUCCGAGAAUAGUGAGGCUGAGCGCUCUGCGCCAGGCGUCUACCGCCGCCGAAGAGGGUGUGGCUGUCGAUGCGGCACCACUUCCAGCAACUGCCGAAGCCACGACUUCGCAGAAUGAGGGUAGCUAUGGCGCCGAUCGUAUAUCCUUCAUUCCAGCGGAUGGUGUGGCGACGAGUGCGGGGGAGGGCAAGCACCUGGGCGAGAAGCACGCAGCUUCUUGUCAGGCGCAGGCGCCGCUGGUGCGACCCACAGCGCUCACAUGGAAUCAAUUCAACCGCGUGCUCGUCUCCCUCAGUGUGGUGGCGCAGCUGAGCGAGGCCGAGCGGUCGCUCUUUCGUGAGCUGUUGGACGAAGAUGACUCUGACUCUCUGUCGCCCGCCGAGUUUGCGCGAGUGUGUGCACUGAAGGAGACGUUUUUUGCUCAGCAGCUGCCUCGCUUUGAUGAGCCGAAGCGCAAUGCUGUCCAGCAGUUCUUCUAUUGCAUGCAGCAACUCGAGUAA